AUGAAACGCUUGACUCAUAGCAGCAGCGCCCGCAGCGCAAAUAGUUUCUCAUCCGCUUCUGAAAGUGCCGGCCUAUUUUCUGGCGGAACAUUGGUAACGACUGCAGCCACGUCUCCAUUGUCUUAUGAUCCGCCUGUUAAGAAUAAUACCACAACAAGUACUCACCAUUACACGGAAACAAUAUACCCCGAUGAAUUCCCCACAGAAUACCUCACCGUCAAGGGCCGCAAAGGAUUUGGCAUUGAAAAUGUGCAGUAUGGACGAGGGGCAGAAGCAUGGCCUUUUGAAAAAAAGUACACGCGUUCUGGUAGUGACGAAUCGAAUUACUCAGAUUCCGCAUGGCCUCAAGAAAGCCCUAUUGAACCAUCUGCUCGACCAGUAAGUUUACCUCCAGGCUCAGCUAUACAUUUACCAGAGUCACCUCAGGUUGUUUCUCCCAAAAACAUGCCGUCAGUGGCGCCACUGCAGGUGCGCAAGUUGCCGGGAAUUGAUUUGAGUGCGUGCGAGGACCACUACGCAACAGAUGUACGAGUGGCACCAUUUUUUGAAGAUAGUUUGGAAGAUUAUGAUGCCAUGAAGCUUGAAGAGUUUAUGGAGAAGAUGGCGUUGAAUGGCAAGAAGACUAAGAGCCGGCGGCGGUUGGGAUUUAAAUCUAAAAACAAGAUCCAGCCUCCUAGCGAAAGACUUUUUGACGAACUUGAAGAAGAAGAUGAGGAUGAUGAAGGAUACCAUACGACUUUGGCAAUGCAGACUGUUUUGUCUAAGGUGGCCACCGAGCACUUGGGCCGGUACCCUGCAGCUGCAGGUACUCUUGGCGGGUUUGACUCGUUUUUUGCGCCUCCCACUGCAGUUAGCCCCAUUUCUGCGGCUGGUGUUGCAUCUGCACUUGGUCCAGAAACGUCUUCUGGAUUUGCAUCGAUUUAUGUUUUGGACUAUGUGCGACCGCAGAUGGAGCGGGCAGCAGAUAAGGCGCGGUUCCGGACCACGUUGUAUGUUUCGCAUGCAGAUGAAACGCCGUGGGUACGGCGCGAGUACGAGUACCGACAGGCGGCACUAGACGGACGACUUGGAGCCAAGAAAAAACAUGACGAAGAUGAAAAACGGCGCCGGGUGUACGAGGCCAAGGAAGCGGCUCAUAAAGCGGCAUCGCUUGCGUCACGUAAAAGCAUGGAGGAUUAUUACUACGACAAGUCUCUUACAGGGAUUGAGCAUGCGGAUGCAUUUGAUAGUGGAGAGGAUGAGGAUGAGGAUGAGGAUGGAGAGGACGACAAGGAGAAUGAUGAGAAGAACAAGUGGGUGCAAAAACCCGUGGUUGAGGAGCCUCCCCGCAGAAAUAUUUUUAAGCGGUGGUUUUACCGUCGAUAG